UUUUCCGACCAAAACUGCAUUCCCCUUGGUAUCUCUGUCGCAGGCGAUUACAUACGUGAUCUCGACUUAUCCGUUUCUCCAACGGGUUCUUUCCGUCGGCGGUGGUUUAUCCGGCGGCAUCUGAGACCUCUCCGACGGUGUGUCCAGGUACAUGCCUAGCAGCUACACCAAUAGCUCAUCUUCCGUAGCAAGCUACGACAGUGGAUGUGCUCAAGCUGAUGGGAAUUUUGGGAUUCCUGUUCGGUGUUAUUGUGGCCGAACCACAAUCAUUGAAGAGUCGACAGCUCCAGCGACAUUCGGAAGGAAGUUCUACACGUGCCCUGAAAUAUUGGCAGAGGAGAGUCCAGACCACAUCUGGAAAUGGUGGGAUGAAGCAGUUGAAGAACAGCUAACCAUUCUACAACUACGUCUAGACGAACAUAGUGGAAGGAUGGAAAACUACAACAGAACUGCGCUGCUUCAAUCCUACGAGAAUCGGUUGUACACAAUGGAGCCUCUGAUUGACAGAAACAAGGAGGAGAUCGCAGAAAUAAAGGAAGUCCUGGUGGAGAUUCAAGGAGAAGUGGCUCGGAUGAAAGAGACAGUGGCGACUCGAGAAAAGUAUGCGGUUUCCGGUUUUUAUGUUAAUAUGCAGGCUGAGAUUUUGAAGGUUGCGGAGCUUCACAGAACAAGGCAGGUUUUUUGGGGUAUACAUGUUACAAGGCGAGACAAGUGUAACCCGUGAGAUAUCAGAGGACCUCUUCGCGUCAUAAUUUUUAAUAAAAGCUGAUGGUAGCUUCAUCUUUUGAAUCACAUCCAUUCAGCCAUUUCAGUCCUUUCUUCCAUUCCUCUCUUUCCUCUCCUUGUGUCUUCUACUCCUUUCUUUCAGUCUUCCUCUGUUUCAGUCUUCUACUCCUUUUUUUCAGCCCUCUCCUAGUGUUUUCUUUGACAUGGAUAUGUCUUCUCCUUAUGCGUCCUCUCAGCCCUCAGCCCUCAAAUUUUAUUGACUUAUUAAACAGUUAACAAGAUACAUCCCUCUCUGAAUCCUUUCCCUAUCUCGAUCAAGUCCCUAUUUUCAGUACUCAGGACACGCAACCUUCUAACAACAAGGAAACGCCUGCAGAGCGUCGAGAAAGAAAGACAUGGAGCCCAGCAGAGGACGUCUUACUCAUAAGCUCUUGGCUGAACACAAGCAAGGAUCCUCUGGUUGGCAACGAGCAAAGGUCAGGAGCUUUCUGGAAGAAGAUUGCCAAGUACUAUGCAGACACUCCAAAGCCCGCAGGAAGUGAACCACGUGAGGCAGGGAAGUGUAAGCAGCGGUGGCAUAAGAUAAAUGACCUCGUCUGCAAAUUCUGCGGAGCUUAUGAGUCAGCAUCAAGUGAUAAGGCGAGUGGGAUGAAUGAGAACAGCGUCAUAAAGAUGGCUCACCAAAUAUUCUUCAGUGAUCAGAAGAAGAAGUUCAACCUAGAACACGCCUGGAAGGAGUUGCAUAAUGACCAGAAAUGGUCAGAGCUUUCUUCAACAAAAGCUGAUGCAACCACGAAAAAGAGAAGGGCUGAGGAGGGAUCACAUUCCCCAAGUGUGAUAACAGAUGAGCUCAAGAGUGGCGAGGAUGGUCAGUCAAGCAGUAGCCCAGUUGGUGUGAAGGCUGCAAAAGCUAACGGCAAAAAGAAUAAGGAUAAGGUGAUCGCUCUGUCUGAGUUUUAAAGCAUGUGGACAAUAACGAAAGAGGACAACGCAACUCAAGAGCGAGUGUCAAAGAUGGGUCUUCUAGCGAG